AUGCAGUUUAACUUCGGACAUUACAACAAUCCGUUUAUUGUCUUGCCUAGACUACGGUUCGCGAGUCGCGGCAUUACAUUGCACACUCAACGCAGAGGCCAACAUCCACCCGCACACACCUACGAGAUCGGAACUUUCAAACCCAUUUCUGGAAAACUUCCGUUGCCGAACCUUACCAAGCAUCUCCAUGCUGAACUAGCGGUGGUUGACUGCAUAUCAAUGAUGUAG